AUGUUUGUCUUUACUCAAUAUAGAUUUGUUUUGUGUGCUUUAUUACAUUUGGCCGCUGGCGGUCCUGCUGCUCAACGUCGUCCUACUUUCGAUCACUUUAGAAGACCGGGUUUUGCCACAACGCAGCAGAGCUCAACAACAAGUGUAGCAGCCACUGUUGCUCAGUCUUCAUUUCAAGUGACCGCAUCUUCUAUACCAAGCUUGAAAGACGCUGCAGCAUCUUCAAUUCAGAGCUCAAAUGCAAGUGCAGGCGCGCUUCCUCCUGUGGCAGCAAGUAUAGGACCGGUCAUUAAUGCUACCCUUACAAAAAACUGGGGAAUCACUAGAGAUGGCGGUGGAGGCGGGACAAUCGACGGGACGCAUAUUAUCAAUUUCUCCGAUACAGGCGCUGACGGCAAUAAUGCUUUCGUCUCGAAUUCCAUUGCUACUACUAAUACUAAUGGAACGAUGCUCACCGACUACGGCACCAACUAUCCCAUGCAGCAAUGGCCCUUCGAACCAGACGAAGUUGCAGCGUCCGGCCUCCGCAUCGCCAUCUGGCCAAACACCAACAUCGUCAGUGGGUGCGGUGGUACUUGCGGAUACACAGUCUCUAAUGUCGUCGAUGUCAAUCUCACUGCUCCAUACCCGAGCACCAUGAUCUACUCCACGCUAGCCAAUAUCACUCUAAAAAGCAAUAACACACCUUCCGUGGAAAGGAUAUCGGCUCAGAUGUGGAAACCUAAUGAGACUAACUAUGGUAUUUACGGGCUGGCUCGCGCUCGGGAUGGCUCGGAUGAUAUAUAUCUGUUUGCAGCGCCAAGUACGGCAGAUAGUGGGUUGAAAGUGGCGAAGGUUGCGGAGGCUUCGAUUGCGGAUAAAAGCAAGUACACAUACUGGGAUGGGUCGACGUGGGCUUUAACGGCUCCAAGCGCAAAUGACACCAAAUCCAACGUUUUCAGCAACAAAGGAGGAAUAGGUACUGGUGAUAUUUUCUGGUCGGCAUAUCACGGGCGCUGGCUCGCUGUUUUCAACGACGGCCUGGCGGUAGACGACACGUUCCAAGUCACGUACUCGAUAACUGAGGACCUUACUGGCGUCUGGUCAACUACCCCGCAAUCUCUCUUCGUCACACCGGGUUGUGGUAAUGGCUGUACGACCCCGUGGAAUUAUGCAAGCCAUGCGUAUCCGGAUAUCGAUCCAUCGGGAAGGACCCUGCUCUUAGGAUGGACGUACAAUGCAGCAUACACGUCGUUUGCCACCAUUACUUGGACAUGA